AUGACUUGUAAUGAGAGAUCUUUCGGGCAUGAAAUGAAAAGACUUACAAAUGAAAAGAUCAAAAUUAUGGCUUGGCUAGCAAAAACUAAACAAUUAAAAACCACAUGGAGAGCAUUAUUAAUUUAUCUUAUAGUCGGUCAGUUUCACCUUUCAAUGACAUUCGCAUCUGCCCAAAAAUGUUUAAAGGGACGUUAA